AUGAAUACGAUUCAAGUGGACAAAACUCUCCAGCAAACUUUUAAAAUAUUCUACCAACUAGGAAUAUGGCAAAGCGACGAAGAAUCUGAAUACCGUAAAAUCGGCAAGAAAUUAUUUUACACUUUUUUCGGUGCUCUGUUCCCAGUUUUUCUUGGAACUAAUGCUUUUCUAUGUGCCGAUCGAAACGAAUCUAUUUUCUCAGUUCAGAUUGCAAUUGUAACGUCGGUUAUAUACGUGCAAUUUUUGUACCUUCUGUUCAAGAAACCAGAAAUCCUCGAGAUUUUAAAUGAUCCGAUCGUUGUUCAUUCAAUUGAAAAUCAUGAUGAAUAUGAAUGAACGAACAGAAAAAUAAAGAAAUUUAUGAGUUUUAUACGUCCAUAUUGUUUGGCAAAAGGUAUAUCUGCUGCUUUGCUCAUUGUCUCACAAUUACCAUUAUUCUCUACCGACAAAGGAUUGCCUUUUUUUGUCAGUUUCUCGUGGAACGAUUCGGAAAGUGUUUAUCGGUUGGCGUAUUUGUUCGUAUCGGUGUCAUUACUGUUGUACUGGUUAAUAAGUAUUUUCAGUGCACUAAUUUGGUACAUAAUGUUGAAUUAUUCCAUCGAGUACCAAUUAUUGGGAAGUAAAUUGAAAACGUUGGGAGCUACAACAAAGAACAAUCAAAACAAAAACAAGAGACAGAAGAAACUCACGGAAAAAGUACUGACCCAAAAAAAUGGGGUACCAGAAAGUAAGAAAUACGUCGAAAAUUUAAUUGUUUUGGUAAAAGCCCAUCGAAACGUGAUCGAAAAAGUCGAGCGAUUCAGAUCCUGCUUCUCAACAUUAUUUCUGGCCCAAAUCACGACCAGUGGCAUUGUUAUUUGUGUUGCAGUUUACAACUUAGCCUUUGCUUUGCAGGAGAAUAUUGUUCAGACAGAAAUGCAUGUCACUUUGCUGCUAUACGGAAUUUUCGAAAUUUUUAUGGUUAUGCACUUGGGAAACGAAAUUACCGGUGCGAGUGAUGAACUAUCUUACUGUUUAUUUGAGUCAAAUUGGAUUCAGCAAACAGAAUCGUGUAAAAGAUAUGUUCUCAUCAUGGGCGAAGUGUUGAAGCAGCCGCAACAACUGGUAGUGUUUAUAAUAUAUCUAAUGAACUUGGAAACUUUUGUGAAGAUUAUUAAUGGAGCCUACAGCAUGUUCAGCAUUUUAAAACAGUUUCAGUGA